AUUUUGAUAGUAAAUUUUCUCAAGCAUUAUCUAAGUUUGCAUCUUGUGUCAAUGCCUCAGAGUCUACUCCCCUUGAACUAGAUGAGGAGAGACCGAGAAAUAGAUAUUGGUUUGUAGAUGCUUAUGGAAGGUAUAAGGGACAAGUUUAUGGCAUUGUAUAA